ACCUCGGACAUGCUCUGCUCCCUGUGUGCCAAGAUCCCCCCUGGCCUCCAGCCAUGAGGGUGCUCUGCCUGCUCUUUGCUGCGCUCCUGCUGUUCUCCCUGGCCACCCCAGGGCACGGGCAGCCCAAGGGAUUCUGCGAUGGGUACUGCGCCCACGCCUGCGGCGAGACCGAGGAGUGGUCCUUCAGCCCGUACUGCGAGGAGCUGCACUGCUGCAUCCCCUCUCCCAAAAAGGGGAAAUGACCCCGCGGGGCGGAUCCAGCCCCGGAGCGGGCGCUGCUGGGCGCUGCGAGAGGCGCUGCUGGGCGCUCUGAAGUAAAGAUGGGCAGAUAAGAUCGUC